UGGCUAAACACUUGAUUAGUCUCGAGUCAGGCUAUACCACUAUCUUCUGCUCGAGAGAACGUAAAGGAUGCCGUCCAAUGCCGGUCUCAUGCCGAACUCCCACCAUCCUACAAGCUUCCAAUGCCGCUUCGCUAACUAACACAGUGCCGCGCAUACCAAAGAAGCUCCGCGGAAGUUCCUCUGAUCGGAAGCGCACAUCCACCACAGCAAGACCCUGGUUCUCGGCACAACGUCCCGACAUGUGCCUAGGAUUUCACCAUGUUGGACUGCAGCAUCGAAUCGAUAUGCCGACGGAUGGGACAACAGCAUCUUACCACAGUAAAAAGAUGUGCAGGCUAAUGCUCCAUGAGGUAGAACAUUGGAACAAACGCGUGUUCAAUUGGACCACGCAACUCGCAUGGCCACAGUACCUCCGCGGAGGGCAAGGGUGUUAAGAUCGACACCAAACGCGAAUGCAGGAAAAACCCGACAAACAGGGUUCGAGAAGCACGUUGUUAGGGCCCUGGCGGUCCCCGAAACUUCUAGCGGGUUUAUGUGUGUGUGUGUGUGUGUGUGUGUGUGUGUGUGUGGUG